CACGUGCAGAUGUUUACGUCCUCCUCAGUGUGACGUCAGCGCCCAGUGAGUCGUCGUCGGAUGAGAAACAUCGGAGAUGUUAAAGAUGCGGAUCAGCGCGCAAAACGCCUCGCGGGGGACGCGACGCGCGCGGAUGUGAACGCGCAGCGAUGCGCGCGCGUCGGGACACAGAAUCAGACGGGAAUCGGUGUUAUUAACGGUUUUCUCGCGCGUCCGUUAGUCUGGCCUUUCUUCCCCUGAGCAGCUCCGGAUCCAUGAUGGAGGACGCGCUGGAGUGCGGCUGGGUGUCGGUGCGCCCCAACGCCUUCGAGGAGAAAGACAAGCACAAGUUCGUCUUCAUCGUCGCCUGGAACGAGAUCGAGGGCAAGCUCGCCGUCACGUGCCACGACCGGACCACGCAGCGGCGCGUCGGGAGCGCGGAGCCGGAGCUCGGUGACGCGCCGCCGGACUCCAGCUGGGCCGGGCUCUUCUCGUUCCAGGAGCUGCGCGCCGCUCACCUGCAGCUGUGCGCCGUCAACUCGGACCUGGAGCCGUGUCUGCCCGCCUUCCCCGAGGAGCAGACGGUGUGGUCGGUGCUGUUCGGCGCGCCCGAGCUGAGUGCGCGCCACGCGGACGCGCUCUGCUUCCAGCUGCAGGUGUACCUGGGGCACGCGCUGGACACCUGCGGGUGGAGGAUCCUGUCCCAGGUGCUGUUCCCCGACAGCGACGACUCCGAGGAGUACUACGAGAGUCUGGGCGAGCUGCGGCAGAAGGGCUUCGAGGACGCGCUCCAGAGAGCCAAGACCAACCUGCAGCAGCUGCUGGAGAAGCAGCGCGGCGUGGAGCGGAUGGUGGAGCUGCUGCAGCUGUACGCGGAGCAGGACGAGGCGUAUGGAGAUCUGGUGGAGGCCACGACUGAGCUCUACCACUACCUGCUGCAGCCCUUCAGAGACAUGCGCGAGCUGGCCAUGCUGCGCAGACAGCAGAUCAAGAUCUCUCUGGAGACGGAGCGUCUGGGUCCGCGGCGGGUGGAGUCUCUGCGCAGGGAGGAUGAGGACUGGCAGAGGAAGGCUCACACUGCUGUGCUGUCCAUACAGGACCUGACCGUUAAAUACUUCGAGACCACGGCCCGCGCUCAGAAAGUGUUGUACGAGCGCAUGCGCACCGACCAGAGGAAGUUUGGGAAAGCUGCGUGGGGGGCAGCAGUGGAGCGCAUGGAGAAACUCCAGUAUGACGUUUCUAAAGAAACACUGCAGCUGAUGCGUGCCAAAGAGAUCUGCCUGGAACAGAGGAAACACGGACUGAGAGAAGAGAUGCAGGGUCUGCAGGGGGGCGAGGAGGCUGUGGUGCGUCUGGACCAGCUGGAGGCCAUGUACUACGAGCUCCAGCUGCAGCUCUACGAGAUCAAGUUCGAGAUCCUGAAGUACGAGGAGCUGCUGCAGACGGCACAGCUGCAGAGUCUGCGCAGACAGAUGAGCGAGAGGCAGGAGGAGGUGGUUUACUACGACACCUACGAGAGUCCUGACGCCAUGAAGUCCACCGACGACCCCUGGACCCCUCUGACCCCCCACAGAGACGACGUGGCCAAACUCCAGCAGAGGACCAGACAGCUGGAGGCCCGCAGAGGACGCAUCACCGCCAAGAAAGCCUACCUCAAACACAAGAAGGAAAUCUGCAUCAUCAACCACACACAGAAGCGGCAGGGCGGUCCGGACGGCGUUUCCCAGCAAGCUUUGCUGCAGGAUGAAGAGGAGGAAGAGGAGCAGCGGCUGUCCAGAGUCAGUCAGGAGAGACAGAGGACACUGGACCGACUGCGCAGCUUCAGACAGCGCUACCCCGGUCAGGUGACUCUGAAGUCCACUCGUCUGCGUGUGGCGUACUCCAGGAAGAGGGCAGGCGCGAGGCCAGAGCAGACGCAGACGCAGACGCAGACGGCCAGCGUGCAGACGGACGACGCUCCGGCUCCGGCUCCGGCUCCGGCUCCGGCUGCGCUGGAACAUUCGGCUGGAGUGCCAGAGCUGCGCCGGCCCGAGAGCUUCCUGUCCCUGCCUCCGAUGGGCGGAGCCGUGGCCGAAGCCCCGCCCCCUGACGCGCACGCAUCACUUCCUCCGGUCAGAGAGCUGCUGCUGCUGGACUCGUCCACCUCGCCCAUCUCUCCUCCUCUUCCUCCUCCUCCUCCUCCUCCUCCUCCUCCCUCUCUGGAGGAGACGCCCGCGGACGCCAGCCCCGUUCGCUCUCCCCUCGGCCCCUUCACCGCGCGCUUCUUCGACAGCAGCCAGCUGCUCAACGCCAGGAAGAAGCUGAGGAAGACGGCCUCGCUCGAGUCCAGCCAGUGGAGCAGAGCGAGCUCGCCGAUGGACGAGGUUCUGGCCAGUCUGAAGCGCGGGAGCUUCCACCUGCGGAAGGCCGAGCUGCGUGUUCUGGCGCCCGAUCCGGAUGAGGACGACGACAACAACAUCCUGGCUCAGAUCCGUAAGGGAGUGCAGCUGCGUAAGGUGCGCAGACAGGAGCACAGCUGCAGGGGAGCGAUGGAGUCUGACCCGCUGACCCGCAGCAUCCACGAGGCCCUGCGCCGCAUCAAAGAGGCUUCGCCCGAGUCCGAGUCCGAGGACGAGACGCCAGCCUGCGCCGACUGGGAGAGCUGAAGUGUGUGUGUGUGUGUGUGUGUGUGUACCUCACCGCAGAUCACUGAUCAUCAGCCCCGAGGGUUUGUUCCACUUACUCUGUUCCCAUUCAUGUUCUCCUGAUCUCCUGAAUCACCAUCUGUGUCAAAAAACAUAUUAAAUAAUAAACUCUUAUUUAACUCAA